CGGCUUUAUUGCCUCGGAUUAUGAUCCCUGCGACUAUCUAAUUCGAGUCGCCACCGUCAAUUUCAGUCCGCAUAUAGAGAAGGAGGGGUAGGUCAAGGAUGGCGUCCUGGAUCCAGCGUCACGGUAGCUCGCACCAGUCUCAGCUGGCUGCUACCGCGGUGAUUUCCGGGGCUGCGGUUGCGGGUGCGAUCUUUGGCUACCAGGCGUUCAAGAGAAAGGAAGCGGUUCAGCGACUCAAGGCGUCCAUUCCGGACGUUAACGAUCAACAUUAUGCGGAGAAGCUUACAGAGUAUGGCGUCGCAGCUGCAGCACAGCUGAGCAAGGAAGAUGAGCGCAGUGCGGCUCUUGCUCGGAGGGCCCAGGAAGGAGACUACGAUGAUGAGCUCAUCCUCGAACAACUCGCCCGAAACCGUGUCUUCCUAUCCGAUGGGGGUCUCGCGAAACUCCGAUCGUCAUACAUAAUCGUGGUCGGGUGUGGAGGAGUCGGAUCGCAUGCCGUGGCAUCUCUUGCUCGCUCAGGCGUGUCCAAGAUCCGUCUGAUUGAUUUCGAUCAAGUCACAUUGUCGUCCUUGAACCGUCACGCUCUCGCGACGCUCGCUGACGUCGGAACGCCAAAGGUGCACUGCAUUCGCAAGAGACUGGAGCAGAUCACACCAUGGGUCAAGUUCGACUGCCGGAACGAACUGUUCGGAGGCUCGGUCGCCGAUGAACUCCUUGCGCCUUGGUCGUGGGAUGACAACGACAAAGGACGCAAACCCGACUAUGUGCUUGACUGCAUCGAUAAUAUCACCUCCAAGGUGGAGCUUCUUCACUACUGCCACUCGCACUCGAUUCCCGUGAUCUCGGCCAUGGGGGCGGGGUGCAAGUCAGACCCUACGCGUGUUACGGUCGGGGAUAUCUCACUCAGCACAGAUGAUCCACUGUCGCGGAGUACUCGUCGGCGCCUGAAGCUGUUGGGUGUGAACACAGGAAUCCCUGUCGUGUUCUCCACUGAGAAGCCUGGGCCCGGCAAGGCUACGCUCCUUCCCUUGGCUGACGCAGAGUUCAGUAAAGGACAGGUCGGUGAACUGAGCGUAUUACCCGACUUCCGGGCGCGGAUCCUCCCUGUGCUGGGCACAAUGCCGGCGGUGUUUGGCUACACCGUGGCCAAUCACGUCAUUUGCGAUAUUGCCGCCUAUCCGAUGGACUACAGCGUCGGCGGAAAGGGCCGCGACAAGUUGUAUGAUGGAGUCUUGGCGGCCCUCCAGGGAACGCUAGAGCGCUUGGCCAGAGCGGAGUACGGCCCCAGCCUUGUCGGGCUGCGUCUGCCCAUCAGCAAGGAUGAUGUUGGAUAUCUGCUCGAUGAAAUCUGGCGCGGCAAGAGUGUGGUCAGUGGCCUUCCCAGUCGAGUUAGUCUCGUGCCUUGGGAGCGCCCUGAGAGAGGCUUCAGUCCUGAUCCGGAGUGGAUGAAGGAGGGCCAAACGUUUGUUCCGCUGCAGUUGAAGGAUCUAGUCUGCAUGACCAAGGAUGAGGCCACCCGCCAUGAAAAGGAAGUUCUUCUUGGCGGCAAGAAGCUGGAAGAGGUAUACGAUGCGAAGACGAUUGAACUGGUGCAGAAGCGCCAACAAGAGAUGGAGUUUCACGAGCAAUAUCGGUAACGAGAGGAGAUGC